AUCCAAGAAACAAGAUGCGUCUCCCAGUCUUUGCUCUCUCCUUGUACACCGCCCUCCUCGGGCAGACCCAGGUCCACGAAGAAGGCGCGAUCGUAAUUGGGGGCGGCAGCGCCAGCAGCAUCAUGCCGACCAGAAACAGCGGCACGAUCGUCCAUCCCAUCGCCGGGAGCGCGAUCGAGAUCGGAAAACCGUUCCCGUUCGCGUACAAGACGUCCAACUGGUGCCACACGGGCUACACCCACAUCUCCGCCUGGCUCAUGGAAUACGAGCCUGGCGAGGAGGAUCUGGACGGAUCGGGCAAGCUCCAGAGCGCGCGCUACCAUUUCGGAGACUGGACGCAGUCCAACUUCGCUCAGCUUCCUGAUCUGCCAGAGAACUCACCCGCCGAGCUCACCAUCCCUGAGCAUGUGAUGGCCGGUCUCCGCGGUGGGGAGAUGUACUUUUCUGUCGUGGAACACGCGACCGACUGUCCUCCGCGCAACAUGCCCACCCAAUUCGGCAUCGCGUCGAGCCAUGUCUACGUGAUGUAGACUGCAUCGUUCAAACAACGAGUGAGCGCGGAAGUGCGAGUAACAAUAGCAGUGGCAGUAUGUACGGUAGUCGAACGAAGGAUUGCCA